AUGAUCUCAAAAGCGGUUGAUCUUGUCGCUCGAAAAUUAGCUGGUUUGGAUACGGAAACAAUUGCUCGUUUAACACAAGUUUUAAGUGAUGAAGCACAAAUGAUUUCUGAAGAACUUCAACAUUCAGGUGAAAAAGUUGAUUCAGAGAUUUUAGCAGCAAAAUUAGAAGGACUUGUUGCACGAAUGAAAUAUGAAAUGCGUAAUCAGGGUCCUGAUCCAUCACCACAUGAAUUUCCGAUUUUUAAUGUUUCUCACAAUCCAUCUGCACCUUAUCCUAAGCCAAUCAAUCAUCUCUAUGACAAACGUUACAAAGAAGCUUAUUCAACUUUUAUUAAACAAAGUCAAUCUACACCUCCAACUUCUCGAAGAGCUGAACCUUCAACAUCAACGGCCCCAACUGCACCAUUUCCAUCAAAGCCAACAACAAAUCCCCAACCUCCUCCAUAUGGAAACUAUCCACAAGGUCAAUAUCAACAACAAUUAAGUAAAGAAACAGAACAAUCUGCUAAUGUUAUACCUAAUUCUCGUCAACCACCACCUGGUGGUUGGUCAUAUAUGAAUCCAUACGCAACAAUGCCUCGUUCACAUGCUGCUCAUUAUCAACAACAAGCUUCGAAAUUAACACAACCAACAAACGAACAUUCACCAAAUAAUACUACUCCAAGAAUACGUCGUUCAUCAACAGGUGAAGAUAUACAUUCACAUGGAUUAUCUCGUUCAGCAAGUAGUGAUGUAUUAAAUUAUUCAACAGAUAGUGGUGCAGAAAAAAUUCGAGUUCGUGUCAUUAAUGAUAAUUCUGCCUCAUCGUAUACAGAUCCAUACAUAAAUAAAGCUCCUAAUAAUCGUUUUAAUACACAAAGAUCAAUAUUAAAAUCUAAUGGUGAUGAUGAUGAUGAUAAUAAUAAUAAUAACAAACAAAUGGUAACAACACGAAAAAUAUAUACAACACCAGGUACAGAAAUAGGUACAGAAACAUUACAAGAUUUAUUUAAAGUUGUUGAUAAACAACAAUCAAGUUCAACGCAAUCAACAUCAUUACCAAUGAAAGAACGUAUAAUUAUUAUUGAUCGACGUGGUCGAAAUACACCAGACGAUAAUUUAAACUCACCGGGACAAGAUCGAGUUCGUACAUUUGAAAUUCGUACAUCAACUGCUGAAGUACCAGCAUCAACACCAUCGCCAGCACCGGCUAUUACUACAUCAACUCCAGUCCCAACGUCUACUAUAUCUUCCAAUGGAUAUGCAUUGCAACAACCUACCUAUUAUACAGGUCAACAAUUAUUUUAUCCACAACCAAAUAUGUAUAUGUCUGCACCAACCCUUGCUUAUCCUGCUGGAACACGUUAUGUUCCAGGUGUUAAUACCUAUUAUCCAUUCACUUACUUUCGGUAUUAA